UGAGCUCUCUCUCUCAAGCUGUCUUGUGUCUGUAGUGGUGUGCUUCUGUAUGAUGGCGGCCUUGAAGCCUGUGGAGCCGCAGUCUGACACUGGUCUGCCCCGUUGGCAGGUUGCACUCAUGGUCGGAGCACCGAUCCUAAUAGGGGCCGGAGCCGUCUACCUGUGGAACCGCAAUCGGAAGAAGGCGAAGAAAGGCAAGCGCAACGGGGAAAGGAAAACUCCGGAGGGCAGCGCGAGUCCCGUGUCGAAGAUGGAGAGGCCAGACGGGGACCCUGAGGAAAUGAAUCCUCUGGACCGGGCCCAGGCUGCAAAGAAUAAAGGCAACAAGUAUUUCAAGGCAGCAAAGUAUGACCAGGCAAUCCAGUGCUACUCUGAGGCCAUCAGCCGGUGUCCCACUGAGCAGAAGGGAGAUCUCUCCACAUUCUACCAGAACAGAGCUGCAGCAUUUGAACAGCAGCAAAAGUGGCAGGAAGUGGUGGAUGACUGCACACGAGCAGUGGAGCUGAACCCUCGCUACGUAAAGGCGCUAUUCCGACGGGCCAAAGCCCAAGAGCGCCUGGACAACAAGAAACAGUGUUUGGAAGAUGUGACAGCUGUAUGUAUACUAGAAGCAUUCCAGAAUCAGCAGAGCAUGCUUCUGGCAGACAAAGUGCUCAAGCUGCUUGGAAAAGAAAAAGCAAAAGAAAAAUACAAGAACCGGGAGCCCCUGAUGCCGUCUCCUCAGUUCAUCAAGUCGUACUUCAGCUCCUUCACAGACGACAUCAUCUCGCAGCCCCUCCUGAAGGGAGAGAAGGCAGACGAGGAUAAAGAUAAGGAGGGGGAGACAGCCGAGGUCAAAGAGAGCUCUGGCUACCUGAAAGCUAAGCAGUUCAUGGAGGAGGAAAACUACGACAAAAUCAUCAGUGAGUGCACUAAAGAGAUUGAGAGUCGCGGGAAGUACGCAGCAGAGGCUUUGUUACUGCGGGCCACGUUUUACCUGCUGAUUGGCAACGCUACUGCUGCUAAACCAGACCUGGACCAGGUUAUCAACAUGCAGGAAGCCAACGUUAAGCAGCUACGCGCUAAUGCCCUGAUCAAGCGUGGCAGUAUGUACAUGCAGCAGCAGCAGCCCUUGCUUUCCACACAGGACUUCAACAUGGCUGCAGACAUCGAUUCUCAGAAUGCAGACGUGUACCACCACAGAGGCCAGCUGAAGAUCUUGCUUGACCAGGUAGAGGAAGCAGUGGGCGAUUUCGACAAGUGCAUUGUACUGCGUCCAGAUUCUGCUUUAGCACAAGCUCAGAAAUGCUUUGCUCUGUACCGCCAGGCUUACACGGGAAACAGCCCUUCACAAGUCCAGACUGCCAUGGACGGCUUUGAAGACGUCAUUAAAAGAUUCCCAAAUUGUGCAGAGGGGUAUGCACUGUAUGCACAGGCAUUGACAGAUCAGCAGCACUUUGGAAAAGCCAAUGAGAUGUAUAAUAAGUGCAUCGACCUGGAACCAGACAACGCUACUACAUAUGUGCAUAAAGGUUUACUACAGCUCCAGUGGAAGCAAGAUCUUGAUAAAGGUUUAGAUCUGAUCAGCAAAGCCAUUGAGAUCGACAACAAAUGUGAUUUUGCGUAUGAAACAAUGGGGACCAUUGAAGUCCAAAGAGGCAACUUGGAUAAGGCAAUUGACAUGUUCAACAAAGCUAUUAACCUGGCCAAGUCAGAAAUGGAGAUGGCACACCUCUACUCACUGUGUGAUGCUGCUUACGCACAGACAGAAGUGGCUAAGAAAUACGGAUUGAAGCCCCCGACACUGUAACGCUGCAUUCAUGCACUUUCCCGUUCGCUCCACUGCUGACCCUGAAAGUUGUUUUUUCUUUUUUUUUUUUGUUUUGUAUCAGCUGUAUUGAAUGACAAAAUGUUUUCCGUGAUCCUGUAAUUCUAUAUUCGAUGUUUAAGCGUCAAGGGUGUUCGAUGAGAGAGGGUGUAUAAAGCAGCCUGUAAUAGACAAAUACACCUGCCAGGGGAAGGGAAGGUUUUGCUAUUCAACCCCGCCUUACCCUGUCCCGCACUAGAACUUCCAGCACAGCCGUGCAGUUCAAAAUAUGCAUGACUCCCCAACCCCCCUUGUACAUGAUGUUAGGCUUCAGAGAAUCCCCGCUGCCUGUGAAUUAACCCUUUCUACCUUCGUACACCCUUGUCCAGGGGCAGCCACUAAAAUUUAGGGUAGUAUUAAGUCACCUUGCUCCCCCUCCCACCUCCCACCUGUCCAUGCUAAACAACAACUCAUUCUUCCAGUCCAAAUUCCUGGCUGAACCUUGUCCUGGAGGAUUUCUUUGAACCAGUUCAACUACUAAUCAGGCCCUGAAGUCCAAAUAUUUUUUGGGUAUUAACCCAGCAGUUGAAUGGCCUUAAGGACCAGAGUUGCCUUCCACUGCGUAUUCAUACAGCGUAUUACUCAAGGACUUCUGCAAUCUGUGUGUUACUAAAAACUUCAGGGCCUGGUUUGCAGUUUUAAGAGGAUGAAUUCUGGACAUUAAAUGGCCAUCAAGGACCAAUGUUGCCUGUACCUGGUUAAUAGUUACUGAAAACUGUUGUGCUGCACAGGGUGACCCCAUUGUUAUCUUACUCACCCCAUUAUGACACCUUGCAAACUUACAGGCAUCCUCUGCUAAGAUGUAAAGAGUUCAUGAAUCACAGGAGAGCUGUCAAAGAUGUGUUUGCCAAUAUACACACCUUUUUUUGUUUUUGUUUUUUUUAAAUAUGUACAGCAUGUGUGGGUUUUCUCUUAAAUAAAUGUUAAUAUAAUUAUAGUGCUGUAAAAUUGCUUUAUAAUCCAGCCAAUUUGUUAGUGUUGGAUUUUAAUAUGAAAUUCAAAUGUGAGGAGCCAUGAGGGGAAAAUUAAACUGUAUUUCUUAAUGUGCAUUUUAUAUACACUGUAGCUUUGGAAACUGGCUUGUCAAGAAUGGCUUGUGCUGUACUGUAGUUUUGCUGGAGGGGAGCUGGAUGGUAAUCCAGCACUGGACACGCCCAACAAAUCCUGAAUAGCGGCAUCUUUCAGCGAAACAAAAUAUACAUAUAUUCUGGCUAAAAUCCUUUACCCUUUCAUUCUAAUUGGGUGAUAUUUUUUUAAAUUUGUUUUUGUUUUUUUUUAAUUUAUGUAAAUCGCAUUCUUGUAUUUUUCUAGAUAAUGUGAAUGUGUUUCCUUACAGGCAGUACACCUCUAAAUCUGUGAAGGCAAUGUUUGAACACUUCAUGCAUGACAGCCUGACACAAUAAACUGACUGAAGUUAUUGAUUCUAGUAUACAUGCUGCAGGUGAAUCCUUAAAACCAAGCUUCCAGUAGAUCUGUUCAGGUUCUUGUCCUGUGAGUGUUCGGGGGAAUCUCUUCACAUCUGCUAAAGUAAUUCAAACCUGUACAUUGUUUUCUUGUAUUGCGUGUGCGAUUCCAGUCAUUUAUUAGUGAUCAGUACUGGUUGGGUUGGUAUUUGCACAUAUAUUCUGUAUGCAUACUUGAUCGCAACCCAAAAAGCAACCAAUAAACAUGCAUUUUCUGUU